GUGUGAACAUCACAAAUUCUAUGGUGCGAGUACAAGCCAAAAAUUGUAACCCUCCCUUUCUGUAGUGCGUGACCAAAAAAAAACGGGGGAGGGAUUCGUGAAAUUUUUUGCUUGUCAAUUGAGUGGAUUGCUAACAUGCUUUUUGUUUUGAUAAUUGUAGCCGCGCUUGCAGUUGUUUAGUUUAAUGAAUAGUUUUAGAGUAGAGAAUGAGUAAUUUUAUGUAACAUAAUGGCAACUUUUGAUUUGCUUACAGUUUUUAUCCGAUGAAAGCAUAACGAUUUCGUGUUUGACAAUGUUUAAUAUAUAUGUUCCACAAAUGUGUAAUUUAGCAUCAACACUACUUCUGCAGUCAUUAUUUACAAAAUGCUUCAUAGUGGUUCUUUCGGGAAAAAAAAUCUAAAGCUUUAUUUGAUAGCUGUAGUUUUUAUUUUCUCGACUAUACUGCUGCUAGUUAGUGAUAUAUUCGUAGAUAAAAUUCAUUUUUCUCCACGUUUCACGAAUUCUUGUAUUCUGUGCCCUAUAAAAAGUAAUCGAACUUUCAUAAACAAUACUGAGCCUUUGUAUUUUGCUGUAAAUUUUUCCAGUAAUGCUCAAACAAAUGCAAUUAAUAUUAUGCUUUUCUUUACGCAUGCUGAUCAUAAACCAGAAUUGAAAAAUAAACUGGUACGAUGUAUAUCCUCCCUCUUCAAAUAUGCAACUCUUCAUCUUCAUUUUCAUAUUCUUACUGACAACAUAAGUUUGAAUAGUGCUAUAGAUGUCAUGAAAGAGACAGCUGUACUAGCAAGAACAUCAGUUGAGGUGAGCUUUUAUGAUGUAAAUGCAUUUGUGGAACCUCUGCAAGAACUUAUCAAUACAAUACAACCAUUGUUCAGUUUCAAACAAGGUGCAUAUUAUAGUGAUGGUUUGUUUUUUAUUUCAGUUGGUUUAUUUAAAAUUAUGCUGUUGAAGAAACUUAUAAUAGUAGAUGCUGAUGUCAAAUUUCUAGAUGAUAUCAAAGAACUACAUGAUUAUUUUAAUAAAUUUCCAACUGAAGCAUUAAUAGGUGUUGCAAGAGAGCAGCAGCCUGUUUAUCGUCAUGUGUUGCAUAAAUAUCGCCGCAUCUAUAAUGACACUUUGGCUGGAGGUCCACCACCUGAUGGUAAAACUGGAUUCAAUAGUGGUGUGUUACUUCUAGACUUGGAAAAAAUGAGAAAUUCUGACUUGUAUAACAAAAUUGUGAAUAACUCAAGUUUUAUUUUGUACUUGGUAGAAAAGUACAAAUUUAAAGGUCAUCUGGGAGAUCAGGACUUUUAUUCAUUAAUUAAUUUGGAAUAUCCUUCUUUGUUUUAUCACUUGCCUUGUACCUGGAAUCGACAGUUGUGUCAGUGGUGGAAGUAUCAUGGUUAUAAAGAUGUGUUUGAUUUAUAUCAUUCAUGUUCGGGAAAAAUACAUUUACUCCAUGGGAACUGUAACACUUUGAUACCUGAUAAAUAAGAGUUCUUAAGUAUUAGUUUUUUUGUACAAUAUUAGCAAAUAGUAGUUAAUUUUCAAAGCAGCAAUAUAUUUACAUGUAUCUUCAAACAAAUGUGUAAUUGAUAGAAUUUAUAAUGUUAAUAUGUACAAUUCUUCAAUUCUUUUUCAAAGUAUUUAUUUCACAGCCUAAGAACAUGAGAAUGAAUUUUUUAAUUCUUAAAGAUAAUAAAAGGGCAAAAUGUUUCAAAACACAAGUUGAUAUAUUUAAAGAAGAAAAAACCGAAGUUCGAGGGUGAAACAAAAAACAUUAAUAAAACUUAUAAGAAAGGCUUUCAGAAUAAUUGGGUUCUGAAUGUGUUCAGAACGCAUUUAAAAUCAUAAAGCACCUUCACUUGAGUUGUUGGAAAAUAAUGUUUAAAAUGAGUAUUCCAGAGCUUUAAGAUAAGCCUAAAAAUUUUUCUGUAUUUUUUCCUGAAUCUUGAUGACUUCACUCAAGAAGCUUUUUAUUAGAGAACCAAGUGUAGUAUCUUCGGUACUUAAUCUGUACCCCUUUCGCAAAAGUCACCAGUUGUCGGUCACUAAUUUUUUGUAGGCUAAGACACAAAAGAAAACAGCUAUUUAAAUAAAUGCUGUUACACUAAGACAAGUUAACAAAAUUAAAUAUGAAAAAAAUAUUUAUAAUAAAGCUUUUUUUUAGAUUUCCUCUCCAUGUGCACAGCAGUCCAUUUUAGCUUAAAAAAGCACACAUACCCCCCAAAAAAUUUAUAACUUUUUGGUAAAUUUGCAUCAAAUUUAUUGAAAAAUGCAAGAUCAUUAAAAAUGAUUUAUUAUUGUUAUAUACCAUUUUUUACUCCAAUAAUAACUAUCAAAACAAUACUAUACCUAAUUUUAGUGAUAAAUUUCAGUAUUUUUGUGAGGAAUAAUAUUUUCUUUCAUUUUCAAGAUGGCUUAAUUCAAAAAUACAAAAUACUCAUUAGCUAAAAAACUUUAAAAAAAAAAAUUACAUCAAAUUUCAUACUAAAAUUUAUUUAUAGCUCAUGACGCAUGUGAAUCAUUUUAUAUGCUGUAACAUUUGCUUUGUAAAUAAAUAGUUGAUUUUAUUUUCUCUCUCUGUAUAUAUAUUAUUUUUUAAUCUAAUAAGUAUUUAGUGCCAAAAACCUUUGGAAAUGAUUGAGAAGCUCUGUUUGAUAUUAGAAAUUCAAAAUGCUAUUAGAUAUAAGAAAUAUUUUUGUUGUAGAAUUUGUUAUGUAUUUAUUUAUACAUAGAUGGAUGAAAAGCUUAGUUUAUUUUCGAAAUCCUGGGCAACAUUUUAAUUAUUUUCCUUUUUAAUUCGUACAUGUUUAAAAGUUAAAAAAGUACAUGCAUUUUUAACUGAUCCGCAAGGGGAUGGGGCAAGAAAUUCAAAAGUGAAUCUGAUUUGUAAUGUAUAUUUAAUUUUGGAUGAUACAGUCAAAAGUCUUUAAUCCGGACUCGUCGGGACUUCGGCGAUUCCAGAUUAUAGAUCAUCAGUCUAAAUCUGGCAAGAUGGCAUGCAGAAAUUAUAAAA